AUGGCACCAUCACUCGCUUCGGCAUGGAAGUCCUUCUGGCACACCAUGACCUCUGAAGACCGGCACGCAUCCCACGACUCCCCCUACCGCACCGGCCAGCACAUGCCGCUCCCACAAAGCCGCCAUGCCCCCCUCACCUCCAUCGCAACGAGUGCCAUGGAGUCUCGCGCAGACGUCAACUCGCCCUACCCGCAAGACCCCUCGGACCUGUCCAAUGGCUUUCUGAACUCCUCCAAGAGUCCAAUGUCGCCUCACUCGCCCUACCUCCCGGGCGCGCGCUCGUCCCAGAAUCGCCUGAACAGCGAAGACGCCCUUGACAAGUUCCCCUCCGCCGAGAUACAGAUGCAGAACUUCGCUGAUGGCCUCCCGCCUCCACCGCCAGUCAGUCACAGCUGGAAGCGGAUCGAUCGCUGGGCCGAGGACAACUACGAAGAGCUCUUCGACCAGCUCUGCGAGGGCUGCACCCAGAACGACGUCAACGAGCUCGAGCACGAGCUUGAUAUGACUCUCCCAAUGGACGUGCGCGACUCAUUACAAGUCCACGAUGGCCAAGAGCGCGGCGGCUUGCCCACGGGCAUACUCUUCGGCUGCAUGCUGCUGGAUUGCGAAGAGAUCGUCCAAGAAUGGCGCAACUGGCGCAAAGUUAAUGAAGAGUACCUCUCCCGCCGACCCAACAGCUACCGCGCGCCGCAGGCACCCGUGAAAGCUUUUGCUGGCGCCUCAUCCUCAUCUACCCCUCCUCCACCCGAGCCGAAAGCAGGGGCAAUCUGGCAACAAGAGCUGCUUUCCCGCCAGGACUCGCAGCCUCCGAACGCUGUGCAGAAGGCCUAUGCUCACCCGUCCUGGAUCCCCUUAGCCCGCGACUGGGGCGGCAACUGCAUCGCCAUAGAUCUCGCCCCUGGCCCUACAGGAAAAUGGGGCCAGGUCAUCAUCUUCGGCCGCGACUACGACUGCAAAUACGUCAUCGCGCGCUCCUGGGCCUCUUUCCUGGCCACCGUGGCCGACGACUUGAGCCAGAGCGAUAAGGUGGUAGUGGACGAGGAGACAGGCGAGCUCAAGCUCAAGGAGUUCAAGAGACAGAACGUCGACCCGCCGUAUCUUGAGAUCCUGCGCUGGCGGUGUGACCAGAAGUACGGACGGAAAGGGCCGAGCAGACGACCGGGCCAGCCGCUGCAUCUGAACACUGGUCUCAGCGGCCCGUCUUCCCAGCAGGGCAGCGCGAGCGGGAGCCCGUACGGCAGCCCUGUCUCCACAACGACGGAGGAGCGUGGACGGAGCCCGAACAGGUUCGGAAAGAGCCCAGCUGCCAACAGCCCGAGACCACACAUCUCGAGCCCUCUGGCGAGGGUCGCGGAGGCGCCAGAACCGAUCAAGAGGCUCUCGGGGAACCUGCAGGGCGCGCCGAACGGGAAGGUGGAGAGACUGAUUGCGUUGGAUUCGCCUAGGCCGAGCAGCGAGGAGGGGAAGCGCAGUCUGGAGAAGAACAAGGAGAACGCGCAGUCUGGGGACGAGAAGGGCAAGGAGAAGGAGACGAGGACUAGCGUGCAGGAGAUGAAGACUGUGGAUCUAUGA